CCCAGUGCUUUCCUGCUUACUCUGGCGCACAUCAGAAUGCGUACCCGUCUCCUCUGCAUCCUCAAGUGCCUAACAAACAAGUCUUAGCCUUAAAUCACAGAAGUCCAGGGUAUUGUCAUUCAUUUUUUAACACAUCCCUGAGAAACCUUGAAAAGAAGCUUCCUGGAGAGUUCAAGAAAAGCAGAGGAGUGCCACACAAGCUGAAACGAUGAAAAGGCAAGUACUGUUUCCUUUCCUGCUGUCUUUGUUCUGCGGCGCCAUCUCCCAGCAGAUCCGCUACAAGAUUCCUGAGGAGAUGGCCAAGGGCUCGCUGGUGGGGAACCUCGCCAAAGAUCUGGGCCUCAGCGUCCAGGAGUUGCCAGCUCGAAAACUUCGGGUUAGUGCAGAGGAUUAUUUCAACGUUAGCGCUGAGAGAGGGGACUUGUUAGUGAGCGGUAGAAUAGAUCGAGAGAAGAUUUGCGGGAGAAAAUCUGAAUGUGCACUAGAAUUUGAAACUGUUGCUGAAAACCCAAUGAAUAUUUUCCACGUAGUUGUUGCAAUCCAAGAUAUUAACGACAAUGUACCACAUUUCAUUGCAAAAAGCAUUGACUUGGAAAUCUGUGAAUCAGCCUUACCAGGAGUAAAAUUCUCUCUGGAUUCUGCGCAAGACGCAGAUGUAGAAAGUAACUCACUGAAGAAAUACACCAUCAACUCCAAUCAACAUUUCUCUGUGUCAACAAAAGAAAGCCCUGAUGGAAGUAAAUACCCGGAAUUACUGCUGGAAGAACCUCUGGACAGGGAACAGCAGAGCUCCCAUCGCUUAAUCCUGACGGCUAUGGACGGCGGGGACCCUCCCCUAAGCGGCAGCACCCAGAUCCGGAUCCAAGUCACCGACGCCAACGAUAAUGCUCCGGUGUUUAGCCAGGACGUGUACACAGUUAGCCUCCGAGAAAACGUGCCCCCGGGCACCACGGUGCUGCGCGUAAGGGCCACAGACCAGGACGAGGGUGUUAAUGCUGAGAUCACAUAUGCCUUCCACAAUGCCCCAGCAAGUACCAACCUCCUCUUCAGACUCAAUCCAAACACUGGUGACAUCACAACCAAUGGUACAUUGGACUUUGAAGAAACAAUGAGAUAUGUGUUGAGUGUAGAAGCCAAGGACGGAGGGGUCCAUACAGCUCACUGUAAUGUUCAGAUUGAAAUUGUUGAUGAGAAUGACAAUGCCCCAGAGGUGACAUUCAUCUCCUUUUCUAACCAGGUUCCCGAGGACUCAAACCUUGGAACUGUAAUCGCCCUCAUUAAAGUGCGGGAUCAGGAUUCUGGGCAAAAUGGGCUAGUGUCAUGCUUUAUUCAGGAAGAAGUUCCCUUUAAAUUAGAAUCCACCUCCAGAAAUUAUUACAAGCUGGUGAUUGACAGGGCCCUGGACCGGGAGCACACAGCGGAGUAUAAUGUCACCAUCACAGCCACUGACAGGGGCAAGCCACCCCUCUCCUCCAGCACAAGCAUCACCCUGCACAUUGCCGAUGUCAACGACAACCCGCCAGCUUUUCACCAGGCCUCCUACAUGGUCCAUGUGGCUGAAAACAACCCGCCUGGCGCCUCCAUCGCGCAGGUCAGCGCCUCCGACCCGGAUCUGGGAUCCAAUGGCCAUAUCUCCUACUCCAUCGUAGCCACUGACCUGGAACCUCAGGCGCUGUCGUCCUACGUGUCUGUGAGCGCGCAGAGUGGGGUGCUGUUCGCGCAGCGGGCCUUCGACCACGAGCAGCUGCGCGCCUUCGAGCUGACGCUGCAAGCGCGUGACCAGGGCUCGCCUGCGCUCAGCGGCAACGUGAGCCUGCGCGUGCUGGUGGACGACUGCAACGACAACACGCCUAGGGUGCUGUACCCAACGCUGGGGCCCGAGGGGUCAGCGCUCUUCGACACCGUGCCUCGCGCUGCGCAGCCAGGCUACUUGGUCACCAAGGUGGUGGCAGUGGAUGCAGACUCAGGCCACAACGCCUGGCUGUCCUACCACGUGCUGCAGGCCAGCGAGCCUGGGCUCUUCAGCUUGGGGCUGCGCACCGGCGAGGUGCGCACAGCCCGUGCCUUGAGCGACAGAGACGCAUCCCGCCAGCGCCUGCUGGUCGCUGUACGCGAUGGAGGACAGCCACCUCUCUCAGCCACUGCCACACUGCACCUCGUCUUCGCAGACAGUCUGCAGGAGGCGCUACCAGACCUCAGCGACCGCCCAGCGCCCACUGACCCCCAGGCCGAACUGCAGUUUUAUCUGGUGGUGGCCUUGGCCUUGAUCUCCGUGCUCUUCCUUCUCGCGGUGACUCUGGCCAUCGCCCUGCGUCUGCGAAGCUCCUCCAGCCCCACCGCCAGGGGUUGCUUUCAGCCUGAUCUCUGCUCCAAAUCUGGACCUGGGAUUCCCCCCAACUACAGCGAGGGGACUUUGCCCUAUUCCUACAAUCUGUGCGUUGCCUCGCAAUCGGCUAAAACAGAAUUUAAUUUUCUCAACUUGACCCGGGAAAUGGCUCCACCUCAGGAUCUCUUGUGUGGCGAGCCUUCUGCUGUUGUACGUGCCAGCGAUGAAGACCCCCAAAUCACUUAUGACCCUUCUUUUUCCUCUCACGUGAGUUUCUGCAAGCCUACUUAAAUUGUGUAUAUUGCAUUUGCUUCUCAACUGUGGAAAAUUACUUUCGGUAGUUGUUCAUUGUUCUGUGAUGGUAUGUAGUGAGGAGUGUGCAUUGGAUUGGUUCCUUGAUUGCUCAGUAGUCUUGGCAGUUAUCUGAUUACUACUUCUCGGUCUUUACUGUUGGCAUUUCUGAUUCAUCAUGGUAAAUCUUGGUAGAGGGAGCUGUCUCCUGAAUGUCACCACUUCUAAUAAUAGCAGUGCCCUUCCUUAGUUGAUAAGGAGCCCUGGUGGUACAGUGGUUAAGUGCUCAGCUGCUAACCAAAACAUAGGCGGCCCAUCCCCCAGAGGGAGAAAGAUGUGGCAGUCUGCGUCUGUGAAGAUUUACAACCUCGGAAACUCUAUCUGGCAGUUCUACUCUGUCCUAUAUAGUCACUGUGAGUGAGAGUUGACUCUCUGGCAACAGGUUUGUUUGUUUUCUUAAUUGAUGUAUGACUCUAUUUUUUCAAGUAAUGCUAUGCUUUCUUCUUCAUAAAUACACUGACAGUUCUUUCUGCCCAAGUUAAGGCUAUUAUCAUCUUUAUCAGUUACAUUCUAAUUAUUUAUCCUUUAGCUGCAACAUGUAUAUUUAACACAACCUUUCAAUAAUUCUCUCAGUACUUCUUUGCCUUCUCAUAAGUAGCAAAGACUGACAAAUUUUAGAUUUGAAUGACUAUCUUUGGACCAAUUACAUUCCCACUUCAUAAUCUCACUCAAAGAUGUUCCAUAAUUUUCUUUGUUAUAGAUUUCCAUGAAAUGAGCCAAACCUACAAACAUUUUGAGUUUUUUUAAUGCAUAUUAUCAAGUUUACUUCUAAAACAUCUAAAUUUACCUCCCACUUCCCAGAACUUUGUGAAUCCUUUGAGGGUUGUGAAAAAUAUAUUUACUCUCUCAAAGUCUGAAGAUUAAAAAAGUUUGUGUAGUUACUGGACUUUUUUGUGUUUGGUUAAAAUCCAUGGGCUACUUCUUGAUGCUAAUUAUUAUGCAAGAAGUAAUCUAAAGAACUGGCUAGCAUUUUAGUGUAAGUUUUCUCAGAUUAGUAAGUUACUCUAAGUAUUCCUGAAUAAGAAAGCUAUGAAACAUUGCAAUGAAGAUACAUUUGUAGUAGUAGUUGUUGUUAGUUGCCAUCAAGCCAGCUCUGACUCAUGGCAAUCCCAUUUAAAACAGAAGGAAACAUUGCCAGGUCCUGCAUCAUCUUCAUGAUAAUUAGUAUGCUUGCAUCCAUUGUAGUGGUCACUGUAAUUUGAGUGCCUUCCCUCAUCUUCCAGCACUGUAUCAGAAAAUAUUCUGUUAUAAUCCAUAGAGCUUUCACUGGCUGGUUUUUGGAAGUAGUUUGCCAGGCAUUUAUUCCUAGUCUGUCUUAGUCUGGAAGCUUCACUGAAACUUGUCCACCAUGGGCCACCCUGUUCGUAUUUGAAAUACCAGUGGCAUAACUUCCACCACCAUAGCAACAUGCAAGUCACCACACUAUGACAAACUGACAGAUGGGUGGCGGGAGGGUUCAUUUACAGUUACUAAAAUAUUUCCUUCUAGUGGCUAUUUCUAAAAUCAAAGCUAAAAUGAACUUAGAAAUAAUGGUAAAGUAGCACCUUCUGGACUUCAGUCUCACUUUUUGUCUUCUCAUCUUUCUUACAUAUUUGCAUGGUCAGGCUGUAUUUGCUCGUUUUAGAUUUUCCAGUUGCAUCAGUACUCAUUCAAUAAACAUUGAAAAAUAUUUUUGAGUGUCUACUCUGUGAAAGAUACUGUUCUAGAGAUUGAGAAUACCGCGGUGAAUUUGGUUGUCACAGACAUAGUUUAUGGACAAGAAUCUGCUGUAUACAAAAUUAAUGAGCAAAAUCUCUUCCCAGAUUUAUCAUAUUUGCCAAGCCCAUUUGAACAGGUGUAAGACUAGCUGUU